CAGCCAUAUUAGAAUCAAAAUUUUAUAAAAUGCUUCGCUAUCGCUGCUUUUAAAAAUGGUAUGGACUUUUUUCAUUUUAGCCUUCCUUGCACUGCAACUUAACGUAGAAGCUGAGACGUACAUUAACUCUUCUUUGGAGACUGAAUUUGGCAGAAGCCACAGAGAACGAAGGGCGGCGCGAGCUCUCACAAUCAAAUGCUGCAAUCUCAAGACGUGCCAAGCAGCACAAAACAUUAAAAACCGGCCUGGCAAUUCCGGUGGAGAUUUUCCAGAACAAUCUACUACGACUUUUGCACAGUCUUGUCCCCAGCAGCCCUUUGGAAAAUUAGCUUUGUGUUGCCAAAAUCACCCAAAAAUAUUCGACUACAUGGAGUCUGAGUUGCGUCUGUGCACAAACAGAACCUCUAACCCCCGGGACUACCAAUAUUACAAAACAGUUUUGCUUGAAUAUGUGCUGCACAACGCUAUGAACAUGAAAAAUAGAAUUGACCUUCGACGGGUUCCAAUGGCAGUUAAAUUCAUGGAUUGCUUCUUCACGGAGCGACGCUGGUUUGACGCAACCAAGCCCGAGUUGUACACAAAGUCACUGGUGGAAGAGUUCAUCGACAACAUUGACAUCUCGUGGGACGAUGUGAUGACAGACGCCAUCGUCAAUUGCUCGCUUGUCAUCAGAGCCUCCAAUCAGCCGCUCACUUUGAUGCUCCCGUCGCAAGAUGACUUGAAUCAGAAGCAGAGUUAUUUGGCCUUUCCAUUCAUAUUCACGCAAUGCGUCAGGAAGAUUCUACUCAUGUAUUGUCCAUCUCCAAACAAACCAGUCGUCACUCAGGGGUGCAUCGACCUUCGGAGCAAAUUCAAAUUGUGUGAUCCUUUGCCAAAAACUUCAAAACCGCAGGGAGACGAGUAUGAAUAUUACUAUGAGGAUGACGUAACCACAACCACUGGGGACCCAAAUAAUUCCAAUUAUUAUGACUCGCUGCGAAUUGAUCCUGGCCAAGGUGAAGGCCAGAAAGAUGACGGUGAUAUUGGGACAAACGGCGACAGCAAUAAUGAUGGCAUCGACACUUCUGACGGUUCUCCUGGGAACAAUUUCAACGUGGAUGGCUGGCGGGCGAAUCUUCAGGAGAAUAUCAAUAGUGUGAGGGCCAGGGUACGGAGCAUGAGUGGUUUUCGGCGCCGGCAGGAAGAAACACAAACGACUGCGACAGUCGACGAUUCACUCAGGGAGGCUUUUGGGAUGAUUGGCUGAUGGCAGGAGAGACGCAUUUUGUUUGCACCCAUGAUUAAUGAACAUUAUAUUCUUGUGUGUGAUUUGUUAAUAUAACGCACGGUGGCCGGUUAAUUGUGAAUUCACCGAAUCACUUUGUACACAUCGCUGUG